GCUUUCACAUCACAGCGAGUGACACAACUGUCACAGAAAAAACAACAGCAACUAAGUCAACCAAAACCAAACCAACUUAAUCUCUUCCUUUAUUUAUUAGUAUUAGACUCUUUCUCCAAACCAAACCAAACCAAACCAAACCAAUUCUAUCCCCAAAAAUGGUGAGCACCACCAGCAUCAACAACAAUGGUGGUGGAAGCAAAACUACGGGGUUUGGUUAUGGUGCGGCAAAGACAUCUGUGUGGUGGGACAUAGAAAAUUGCAGGGUUCCAAAAGAAGGGUACAACCCAAAUGCCAUAGCUCAGAACAUAAGCUCUGCGUUGAUGAAGAUGGGUUAUUGUGGACCCAUCUCUAUUGCUGCCUAUGGUGACACCAAUGCUAUCCCUGAUCCUGUCCAGCAUGCUCUUUCCAGCACUGGCAUCUCCCUCUACCAUGUCCCCGCUGGGGUCAAAGAUGCAAGUGACAAGAGGAUUUUAGUGGACAUGUUGUUUUGGGCAGUGGACAAUCCUGCACCGGCUAAUUACCUCUUGAUUUCUGGUGACCAGGAUUUCUCUAAUGCUCUGCAUCAGUUGAGCAUGAGGAGGUACAACAUUCUUCUAGCACAGCCUCAGCAGGCUUCUGCACCUCUUCUUUCUGCUGCCAAGAGCAUCUGGCUUUAUACCAGUCUUUUAGCUGGAGGGCCACCAAUAAUGAACGGUGAAUUGCAACAGCUUGUUAAUAAUAAUAGCUAUUCAUCAAGUUCCAACACAUUACAGAUGCCAGUUUCUAAUGCCAUUGGUAUAACGCAACCUAUGAAAACCUAUCAGGGUAAUCCCCAUAUUGGAAAUCAUACUAUGGCAUAUAUAGGAAAGGGGGUGGACAGUAGAUAUCAAGGAAAAUCAAUUUCAAGAAACUUCAGUCAAGCUAAUGGAUCAAAAACUUUGAGUUCACCAGUAGAACAUUACAGCAAUGUAAACUCUCAUCAACCUGGUAAUUUUUCUUAUAUUCCAAAUGUUCCUCCAAGUGGACCUGCCCAAAAUUUUGUUCAUGGCAAUUCUGGUCCUUCAUGGAGCAAUAGCAGUAACCACCAAAAAAAUCACCAAUAUAAUUAUUCACAGUCAUUACGGCCAAACAACUUUGCCACUCAACCUGCAUUUUCACCUCGUAAUAUGCAUCCACCUCCACUUAAUACUAACACUUUUGUUCCUCCCUUAACCCCUCUGAGGCUUAAUGGAUCCAACUUUACCUCAAGACCACCUACAAAGGUGCCUGAUAUUAAUUUCUUGAACAUCUCUGGAUAUUCCAACAGUGUUCACAACCCUCCUACUGUCCAGCAAAGAAAUCAAGAGCCUAGACAUAUUUCUAUUACUAAGUCUUCAAAUCAUGCAUGCUUAAGUGAAUCACAAAAUGGAUAUAUGGUGCAGAAGAAGCUGUCAGCUUACCCUAACAUGCUGAAUAAUGGAUAUCCUUGUGAUCCAGAGUAUCCAUCCUUGUCUUCAGCAGAAAUGGGUGGCACUGGUACCUGUAUAUUGGAGACUCCUGGAUUCCCAAAGCCUUCUGGGUAUGUCCAAGGCCUACUAGGGGUAAUCUUGCUUGCAUUGGACACCCUAAAAAAUGAAAAGAUAAUGCCUACUGAAGCAAAUAUAAUUGAUUGCAUUCAAUAUGGAGACCCCAAGCAUCGGAAUAUUGACAUUAAAAAUGCUCUGGAGAGUGCUAUUGAGCAGCAGAUGGUAGUGAAGCACAUUGCCGGUGAUGUGCAGUUGUAUGUUCCUAAGAACAAGAAACUUUGGCAUUGUGUGAACCCUAUAGAUGGUAAUCCUAAUCGAUACUCAAAAGUUACAUGGGAUGAAACUGAAAAUUUUCUAACAUCCCCUGCCGGACGAUCUGCAAUAAUCGCUUCUCAGUGCAAGUAUGAAGCGGCUAGUAUUUUAAGGAAUAUGUGCCUGAAAGAGCUUGCCUUGGGUGACAUACUUCAAAUUUUAAAUAUGGUAAUUACUGUAAAGAAAUGGAUUGUGCAUCAUCUAUCUGGAUGGCAACCAAUUAUAAUUACUGUUGCCCAGACUGAACUCACCUAGAGGCCAUAGCUAGUCCAUAAGUGCAAACUGAAGCUAAAAAUGGGAAGGGAAAAGGGCCUGAAGAGAUCUAAAUGGUGCCAUUUAAUGAUGGUGGUUUGGACUAUAGAUAGUUGAAAGGAGGCUCUUUUUCCCUAGAAUUAUAAUAUACUUAGUAAUACCUAAAGGCUAUAGAAUAGUUACAUAUAAUUUUAUAUCAUAUUUUAAGUUUUAUUGAUUCUAUAUAUAUUUUAAGUUUUAUUGCUGGAGUUCUCAAGUUUAUCUUGGGGAGAAAUUGAAAGCAGUGCGUGGACAGAGUUAGAUCAGAAUUAUAUGAUACAAUUUUCUGAGGUUGUGGAGUUGCUAGUUGCUACAGUGGACUUCUUGUGAACCAUUUAAAUGGGGAUUUAAAGAGAAGAUCAAACCAUUGUUUUUUUUUUGCCUAUGGAGCAUCAAGCAUGUUAGUUUCCCAUCACCGAGACAGUUAUAUGUAUCACAAUAAGUAUUCACUAUUUGUUCGCUCCAAUUGUUCAUGAAGGUCCACAGAAAAGUGCAUUUAUAUUUUGUGGACAGUAGUUUUUUAUAUUGGUCAUGUCUUCAAGUUGAGGCAGGAGGUUGAACUACUGGACAGAGAACAGAAGACACUACUUACACAGUUGACAAACAAAUGAACACAAGUUAUACGGCUGAGGAAGCUUUUUAUUUAUGCAAUCAUGUAAUUGGAAUAUGGAAAUCUAUCGGUGGAAUCUGAUUAGCCUUCUAUGAUCAUAUCAUGCUAUGAAAGAACAUGGUGGGAUUAAAGAAAAUUGAAGCCAAAUGACAAGGGCAUGUCAUAUUUUUAGA